UCCACACAGAGGUUCCUUAAGGAAAUGAGAGGUUCUUUAGUAAAAACGGAGCAGUCAUUGUCUGAUCCAGCAUGAGCUGAGAUUAAGCUGAACAGCUUAAAGGACUUUAAUUUCAUCGAAUUCACAAGGAGGAACCAAUCUUGGAGUAUAACUUAUUUAUUUAUUAUUUAGUUUCUUUCUUGGUAUAUUAUUUGGAUGUGUGUCGCAUUACCUGAGAUUUUUCAUUCUAAGAGCUUAUGAUAUGGCCAACAAAUCUCUUGCUUUACGCAGGAUAACCCUGGGCAUCCUUGUAUUUUUGAUUGUCUUUCUGUCUACACUUCAUGGAUCUCAUGGAAAUCCUUCCAAUUCAGUCAUAACCACAGCACAGCCACAAGGCACAACUCCGAAAGGACAGCUGAGCACACUCCCUCCGCACGAGAAACACCAUGUGCCGAUCUUCAAAAUUAAUUACUCUCGGAUACAAAUACCACUUGAAAUAACAAUGUGGGUACUUUUAGCCUCAUUAGCGAAAAUCGGUUUCCAUAUUUAUCACAAAGUAACCAUAUGGAUUCCAGAAAGCUGCCUUUUAAUUACCAUUGGAUUAAUCGUUGGAGGCAUAAUGUUUUCUGUUCAUGAGAAAUCUCCUGCAGUUCUGACCACUAAUGUCUUUUUCCUCUACUUGCUUCCCCCCAUUGUACUAGAUGCAGGCUAUUUUAUGCCCACUCGGCCAUUUUUUGAAAAUGCAGGGACAGUCCUUUGGUUUUCAAUUGUGGGGACACUCUGGAACUCUGUUGGUAUUGGAAUCUCACUGUUUGCCAUCUGUCAGAUUGAAGCUUUUGGUCUGAAAGAUAUCAGCUUGCAGGAGAAUCUACUUUUUGGAUCUAUCAUUUCAGCAGUGGACCCAGUGGCUGUCCUGACCGUGUUUGAAGAAAUUGGUGUCAAUGAGCAGCUUUAUAUUGUAGUAUUUGGAGAGUCCCUUUUCAAUGAUGCAGUCACCGUGGUAUUGUACAACAUGUUCAAAUAUAUUUCAGAAAUGAAUGAAGUUGACACAGUGGAUGUUGUGCUGGGAGUAGUUGGAUUCUUUGUGGUGGGCAUUGGUGGAAUGGUGUUUGGAUUUCUGUUUGGAUUUGCAGCUGCUUUUACUACAAGAUUUACCAAAAACACCAGAGAAAUUGAGCCUCUUUUUGUCUUUAUGUACAGUUACCUGGCUUACUUGACAGCUGAAUGUUUCCAGCUUUCUGGAAUCAUGGCCAUUAUUACUUGCGCUCUGACUAUGAAGUACUACGUGGAAGAAAAUGUUUCCCAAAGGUCUUGCACUACCAUUAAGCACUUUUUGAAAAUGUGGAGCAGUGUCAGUGAGACCCUCAUUUUUUUAUUCCUGGGUAUUUCAACAGUAACCAGUGACCAUGAGUGGAACUGGGCCUACAUUUGCUUCACAAUUUUAUUCUGUUUCAUUUGGCGUGGACUAGGGAUACUUGUCCUGACACAGAUCAUUAACCAGUUUCGUACAAUUCCAUUCAAUCUUAAAGACCAGUUUAGUCUUGCAUAUGGAGGAUUACGUGGAGCCAUUUGUUUUUCCCUCGUAUUUUUGUUGCCACAGAAUUUCAAUCGAAGGACGCUCCUUGUAACUGCCAGCACUGCUGUCAUAAUAUUUACAGUCUUCAUGCAGGGAAUAACAUUUCGUCCAUUGGUGAAGUACUUGAAUAUAAGAAGGACAAAUAAAAAGGAGAUGAAUAUAAAUGUGGAAAUUCAUACUCGGCUCAUGGAACAUGCAGUAGCAGGUAUUGAAGAUCUGUGUGGACAAUGGAGCCAUUACUACUGGAAAGACAAGUUCAAAAAAUUCAAUGACAAAUUUUUACGACGGAUUUUAAUCAAGGAGAACAAGCCUCAAUCCAGUAUUGUUUCUCUUUAUAAAAAGCUUGAACUGCAAAAUGCUCUUGAGCUACUUGAAACCGCAGGUGAAAUUAGCGCUGCACCUUCUCUUACAUCACUACACUUGGAAAAAAAGCCCUCUAAACCAAGAAAAUUUUUGCCUGAAGAAGUACGCAACAUGCAAGACAUACUGUCUAAAAAUAUGUACAAGAUACGGCAGAGGACAUUGUCUUACACUCGACAUUCUUUGCCAGAAGAAAAUCGGGCACAAGAGAUCCUUAUCCGCAGACAUGCAAGCAUCAGAAGGAGCUUGAGGAGGAGUGGCACAAUGUUGGCUCAAAAGCCUAAGCCAACGAAGUCUCAGAGAUACCUUUCACUUCCUACGGACCAAAGUCUUCAGAAAAAACUGAAACAGAGAAAAAUCAAUUCCUCAGCGGAUGAAGAAGACUCUGAAAUUGACUAUCCUCCUGCAAAGCCCCACCCACAACCACGAGCUUUGUAUCAACCCAAGAGAUACACACUGGACACUGUGGAUGAAGUUCGCAUAGACACACGAAGGGCUCCUAUUGUAGAUUUUGUGAAUCAAGGAAGAAACAGUACUCGCCGCAAUGAUUCAAGUCCAGUAUUAGCAAAGUCAAAUAAAGUAGUUCUUACACCAAGGCGACGGUUUGGAUCAGUCAACGAGAAAGCAUUGCAGAAUGAAGAUGAUGAACAGAUGCUUCAGCUAAGACAUGUAGCAGCUGCAGAUCGAACAUCUGAAGAAAACAGUGACACAGAAGCUGUUCACCCCUUGCUUAAAAGAGCAGGGGAUCAGUUUAAACCUUAAAAUGGUUUAAUUACAUUUAAUAUAAUAUUUAAUUCCUGUAUAACACUUCCUCUCACAUACAAGUCCUGAAAAUAUGAUUAAAAUGUUAUGAUGUUUUUACCAUAAUUAUAUAAAGAAAGAAAACAUGCUCACAACUAUGAGGAAGAUGUGUUUUAUGGAAACUUUUUUUAUAAGCAAUGAACCUUAAAGUGUUCUCAUAAAUUAAAGAUGACAACUGUAUUAAACUACAGGACUGCUUACUUUCAAGGCAAAGCAUUAUAAUCUUAUUAUAUUUGUAAUGACCCUGGGAUGUGGGAGAUGGAGGAAUGGAUUUAACGCUCCGACAAUGCUAGCGGUAGUAGGCCUUUGAAAACACUAUAGGUGUCUUGACGUUUGAACCCACUGUCUCGCAAAAGGUAGGCCAGGUUCACAUCCCAAGUCUACCCUGUAUGUAAUAAUAAUAAUAAUUUUUUGCAUUUAUAUAGCGCUUUUCUCACUACUCAAAGCGCUCAGCAAUUGCAGGUUAAGGGCCUUGCUUAAGGGCCCAACAGAGCAGAGUCCCUAAUGGCAUUGACGGGAUUCGAACCGGCAACCUUCCGAUUGCCAGUGCAGAUCUCUAGCCUCAGAGCCACCACUCCGCCCAGUUUGCACGUUUUCCCCAUGUCCACCUUCAUUUCCUCUGGGUGCUCCAGUUUCCACCCUCAGUCCAAAGACAUGCCUGUUAUGUGGAUUGCCGAUGUUAGAUUGGCUGAAGUGUGUGUCAGGGUGUUCAAACUGAGAUGGACUGGCACUUUGUCUGGAGCUUCCCUAGUAUACAGCAGGCUUAGAAAAUGGGUGGAUGGAUAUAUUUUUAAGUAUGACAAAAGUGACACAUUAAAUAUGUCAGAUUUGCUUGUCACAUUUUCUGAGACUGAGUGACUUUGCUACAGCAUAAUCCUUACCAUUAAACAUUGUGUUAAACAGGAAAGCUGGCUAAGGAAUGCCCAAUGAAAAUGGUUUGUGAUGGUGCAUCACCAACAUCCCGCUCCUCCCUGUUCCACAGGCUGCAACAAGUGGGUUUUUUCUACUCAGAAUUCAAGGUUGAAAUAAGUUCUCCCUAUUCACUUACCACUGUAUACAUUGUGAGACCUUUUUAGACCUUCCCCAACAGGGUGACACGCAGAAGUGCGAUUGUCUCUUUUGAGACCUUCCCCAAUGGAACGACACUGCCACGUCUGUUGAUGGUUACUUGUCCGUCGCCAAGGCUCGCAGGUUCGCAGUGCCAAAGAAGCAACUAAAAGUUGACCGCUGCCACGCACAAAGCACUGGUUGCCCGAUGGGUGAUGCAGGGAACAUUAUAACUUGGCCACACUUGGCCCCAACUCUGCCUGCUUGCUGUGUCUGUAUAGUAGAAUGGUAGAUCCCACUACAAUAAAUAACCUUGCUGUUCCUGUUUCGAGUUGAAUAAAGCUGGUUUUACUAAA